GUUGUCUUCGUUUCGUUGUAGGAUGACUUUGAACAGCGUUAAAUUGUGUUUAAAAUGUGGUAAUUUUCAGUUUUGAAUAUUCCGCCAUUUUGCCUUUCACUUGAAAACAGGAAGUGAGGAAAGUGAAAGGAACUCAAGAUUGCUUCUAUUUGAAUUCCAAAAUUAAGGAAAAUUUUCAUGAAGAUCUUUUAUAUUGUAUGAUAAAUAAAAUUACCUCCUUAUUAGAUAGCUAAAUUGUUUUAGGUUGCAAUGGAUUGUUAUAAAAUCAAGUAUUGUUUUAAAAAGUUAAAUAUUUUGCAAGAGAUAGUCAAUUCUUUCCCAAUAGUUUUUGAAGUACGCAAAAAUUUCCUCCAUAUUUUUCACAAGUUUUCCUUUAAUUUUCCUACUUUAUAGAAUGCUUCACAGUUCACACAGUUUUUUUAAAAGCAUGCAACAAAACGGAGUUUGAAAAGAAAUGCUCAAUUCACAAAGUCGUUGGCUACGACAAGAAUACAAAACGAACAAGGACAAAUUCGAGAAGCCUUUUAAAAUAACCAUAGAGAACCGUGCUUCUGAAAGUGUGACAACCACCCAAUUUAUUCUGGACCAAAAUUACAAGGGGUUAGGAUGCACUGUUUGGGAUGGUAGCAUAGCACUUGCAAAAAUGUUUGAAAACGACUUAGAACUUAUAAAAAAUCUUAAAAGGUUUAACGCAUUAGAGUUAGGAGCUGGAUGUGGGCUUGUAGGUCUAACUCUUGUACAUCUUGGUGCAAAAUUUGUUCUUUUGAGCGACAUGGAAGUUUGCAUGCCAACUCUGAAGGAAAAUGUCAUGAAAAACACCCAAACUUCAACGAGGGACAGUGUUCGGGUCAUGCCAUAUAUCUGGGGUGAGGCUACGACAGUGUUAACGAAACCACGUGGGAAGUUCGAUAUCAUUGUUGCAGCAGAGGUGUUGUACGAUGAAGCGGACUCAAGGCUUCUGGCGCAAAGUGCCAUGCAGCUGCUUGAUGAGGGCGGAGUCAUGUUUGUUUCCAUGGGAAGAAACCGUAAUGGUGAAACCACAUUUGUGGAAGCCAUGAAUAAGAAUGGAUAUAGCAUAAUUGAAGUGAGUGUCUUGGUGUGCAGUUGCAGAUGUUGAGAAAUAUCAAGCCCCCCUCGAUAUAUUUACACAUACUAUUUCUUUUUAGGUUCCAAAGGAAAAGCUGCAUCCCAAGUACCAAGAUGAAAUAAUUAAAAUCAUAAAAGUGACAAAACAAACAAAAUCUUGACACGACAUUGACGUCAUAGUUUAUUUAGAAUUUUUGUAAUAAAAACAGUCUUGGAAGUAUGAACCUUGUUUCAAACAUAGACUUUCUAUCAUGAUUUUAUAAGUUUAUGUUUAUAAACUCACAAUAAUAUCAAUACCACACAACAUGUAUGCCUAUUUCAUCUGCAAUAUAAUGCAUUAUAUUUGCUGCAAUAUAUCAUUAUAUAUAAUUUCGCAAAACAGCUAUUUGUAUCCGGUUUUUUAUAUAUAUAGCCUCUUUGGGUACUUAUAAUGUAGAAUAAUGAGAAAAAUUUCUCGAACUCAAAUUUUGUGAACCAGGAGGGUGUGUCUUUUCCAACAAACUAAAAAUGGCUCGCGCACAAAAUUUAAAAGCUGCAAUCAUAUUUUGAGUUAACAGAUGGAACAUUUGUCGGGAUUUUAAUUACUGUACAAAAUUUCAGACAAUUUGGUUUAGUUUAAGCCCCUUAACUAUUCACGCAAAGUUACAAUUUUCCCGAAAAAUCAGCUAUUUGCAUGCUUAAUUAAUGCAUUUGCCUAAUUUGCAUAUGUCAGCAAUAUGCAAAUUAGGUAAAGGCAUUAAUUAAGCAUGCGAAAGGCUGACCUUUUAGAACAAAAUGAAUAGUUAAAGGGCUUAAACUAAACCAAAUUGUCUGAAAUUUUGUACAGUAAUUAAAAACCCGAC